UACAACAUUGUCCGCUUCUCAGUAACUACGCCAAGCGCUCUUCCAGAGCCGGGCUCGGGAUCUCUGGCGCUUAUUCCUUUCUCAGGAGCUGAUUCCGACACCGGGGGCGGCGCGGUUUCCGCAGGGACAACAAUUGCGGUCGGACGGACGCGGUGGCGCGGAGGUUGAAUGCUGAGCUGGCGGAGGCUGUGGCUGAGAGUUUAGAGGAGCGCGAGAUGGCUUUGUUGGCGCUGAUCAGGAAACUGGGUCAUCCUCUGGUUGAGAUAAGGGAGAGGGCGCUCAAGAGUAUUCUAUGUAAGGUGGAACACAAUUUGAUUUCUUGUGUCGAACUCGUACAAGAGAAACUUCUUUUUAUUUAUUUACUGGAGUGGUUCAAUUUCCCUACCGUUCCCAUGAAGGAAGAGGUUCUGAACCUACUCAGCAAUUUGGUUAAGCAUCCAUCAGCAGUCCAGCAUUUGUUUGAUAUUGGUGCAUAUGAAUUCUUCUCCAUGCUUCGUCCUAAUGUGGAUCCAGAUUUGCAGGCUGAAAUUGAUGGUAUUUUGGAUGGCCUAUUUAUUCUUCCUUCAGAUGAUUCUUCUCCAUAUCAUCGUUCUACAUUUUACCAAACCAAGCCAUUUGUAUGUGGACCCAAAACUGCUUUACCAGAAGAAAAUGAAAUUCGGCCUGGAUAUUUUCCUCAGGACAUAAAUAAUCUUCAUCAGAUGGAAGGCUAUUCAGGAUCACUGAUAAAUCAGAAUGUGAAAUGUUUGAAGUUUUCCACAUUUCCUUGGUUGCCACUCACUGCAACAGAUAGACAUGUUCUUUCCUCUAAUGAAAGUUCUUUAAGAAGUAGUAACUUCACUUUAGUCUGGAAUACAUGUGAACUGCUGGAAGAUGUUAUCCUGCAAGAUUUUCCACCUGAGAUUUUCCUUCAUCGGCCAAAGAUUAUUCAGAAUUUAUUAUCUCUGUUGAAUCUGGCAUUUGGAAGAGAUGAGCAACCACGCUUAGCAUUAAAAGCAGUGUCAUGUCUGCAACAGCUGUGCACAUAUUUGAGAAACAGACUUAACUUUCACAAAGAUCCAGGAUUUUUCUCCUUUAAACAAGACACAGUUUCCCAGAAUUCUUCAUUGUCCUAUAGCCGUGAAACAAGAGGUACCCAUCAUUCCCAGAAUACUUCUCCAGGAAGCAGUAGCCCUCGACCUUCAGUGGUUGGCCACAUAGGCUUGCGUCCCAGAGGAGAUGGCCAAGAUUGGGAUGCAGUAUCUUCCAGUGAAAGUAGUGCAGUUCCUAGACCUUCCAUCUAUUCGCCUUUGGAUAUGGUACAGAGUGAUCUGCGAGAGCUAGAAAUUGAAGAUACACUGGAGCUCCAAUUCCAGCAACUUAGUCUUCCCCAGUUCUGCAUCUCUGUUCUGGAAUCAGCAGUCCCCCUCUUAAAAACAAAUAUUCCACAAAUAACAGUGCAAGUUCUAGAAUUGCUUGCAGAAGUUGUGAUACUUAUUAGAGAUUCAUUGUCUGAAGAUAUCUGGGAUGACAACAGCCUUUUUGCUUUAGACUUGAAACUAAAGCUAUUUGUCAUCAUGGAUUCACUUGGAGAAACCAUCUCCUACCACAAAAACAGUGUCAGUUCUGAAGACCCAGAUAUGAUGAUGUUAGUGCACCAUAAAAUGUCUUUCGUCAGCAUCUCACUUUUUACUGUUAGACUGUUGCAAACACUUCUUCCUGUAGAAAAGGCAAGCCAGUUUUUACCAGAAAGCUUGAUGACUGCAUUGUUCCUUAUUUCUCUGGAAAUGCCUUUGUCCUUGGAAUAUCCGAAUAUCCAUGAGGCUGUUAUUGCCUAUCUGGAGCAGCUGAAUUCUGAAAACUACACUGUUUAUAAGGGAACUGCAAAGACAGUUUAUUCACUUGAUUGCAGCUGUAACUUCAUGACUGAUAUGGAAAAGGAGGGAGAGAAGAAUCUCUUUGAGUUAGUGGAGAUGGCAAACCAAGCUAUAUCUAGCCUUUCUUAUUGUCUGCACUUCCCGUUAAUAAAGAAGAUCAUCUGUCUGUGUUCAAACAUAUGGAAAUCUGCACAGACAAGCCCAUUACUACAGGAAGAAAUUCAAAAGGUGUUCCUGCAUCUGUUAUCAUAUCCUUUGCUACCUGUGAAAGUUGAAAGUUAUCGCUGCUGCCUGGAAAUGGUUCAGCAUUGUUUAGGCAUCAACACUGUGACAACCUCAGGACAUUCAAUCUGUCAUGAAGUUAAUUUUCUACUUCAUCCAAAAGUACUAUAUGAAAUGUGCACAUUUGGUCUUCAAGAAUCUAAAGAUGAGGUGAACUCUAUUGUCAAGAAUAUUCUGAUAUAUUUGCUUCAGGGACAAUUGAUUAUGACAACAUUGACCUGGAACAAGUUUAUUGAGUCUCUUUGUCCUGUUGUUCCAAUUCUACAGGGUUAUGCAGACACUGAAGACACCUUGGGAAACUGCAUCCUCAGUCUGAGCGAAACAAAUCCUGAGGGAGGAGGCGGGAUUCUCCCAGAAACUUCCAGAUUAAAGUCUAUAUUUAGGCUCUUGGCUAUUGAAAAAAAACAAACGGUACGGACAAGGUCAAUAAAGCUUUUUAGCAUUUCAACUAAUAAUGAAGAAGGGAGAAGCACAAAGCGUCCUUUCAUAGAUGCCAAUCUUCUCUCUAAAGUCACCAAGUUAUUUAUUGUAGAAAAGCCUAGUGAUCUCAUAUUGGAUGACACGAGACAACCAAUUUAUCAAGUGGAAGCUGUUGAAAAAUUGUAUGAUGUCUUUACUUCAGAUGUUGUUGACCUAUCUUUGAGGAAGUCGGCAUUAGAGCAAUUAGCUAUAAUUGUUCAAGAUAUGAAAAUGCAUAAUGUAGUGAACAAGAUGGAAUUAAGUGAUAACAUAUUUUUUGUUUUAAAUAAGUGUAAGAAAGAUGGUGAGGAAAUGGAAUGUAUGAUAUUACCAUGCCUUACGAUCUUAAGAAAACUUCUGACUGCUGAUUCAGUUAAGCGUCUGUCUCUUUCACAGGAGUCUUCUGUCUUCUACCUGUUAUUCAGAGUUGCCUUGAUAUCAAAGGAUUCAGCCAUUGUGACAGAAGUGGCUGCCUUAUUCUGUCUUCUUUUGUUUGAUGAAGUAUCAAGAAUGGACAUAUGGUCUGAUAAUGUAUGCAGUAAAUCAACUCUAACUCCAGUGUUUAGCUUGCCAGUGUCAGUGAUUAGGCGGUAUCAUCUUCCAGUUCAAGUACCUGGUCACCAUGCUGUCAGCCCUCACUAUGUGGUUUUGCCAUUAUCUGCUGAUUGUUUGGCCUUGAAACCUGUGACAGAUAUGCUGAGAAUAGCUUGGAACUUGUCAUGGUGCCAUGGAAUUGAUAACUUGCUGAAAGAAAUAAAUUCUGAAAAUGAAACUCAGGAAGUUUUAGACUCGCUGAAGUUAUCCACAGAGGACAUCCUUACUCUAAAGAUUACACACACAGACAGUGGAUUGGAAGAUUGUCGCUCUUCUAUUAUUCAAGCUGAAGGCCAUGAGGGAGUCAAGGCUGCUGUCACUAGAAUGAGCUUAUACCUUCUAAAUGACAGACUUUCUUUCAAGGGUGUUGAUGGCCCUUGUGGUGCUGUCUUAAAGAUGUCUACUUGGCACCAAGAACUAAACAGGUUUCUACAAGUACUUCCUGCUUGUCCUGAAGAUGAGAAACUUCUGGCUGAUAUCAUAUGUUAUAAUAAGCUACUGAGGGAACAUAGGAAUGGUCCAGUUAUAGAAUUUCUAGAUUGGAUUCUGGAAAUACUUCUUAAACAUAACCCGAAUCCACUGUUAGAGCUCCUUGGGCAGUCCGAAAUUCAAGAGCAAGAAGAAGCAGCUGACACCCAUAGUGUAAGACAACGACUACGAAAAGAAGUUAUGACUUUCUUUAUUAACUUACUACUCAUAUUCAUGGACGUAGUAGACAGGAAGUCCUUGGAACUUAUUUAUGUUUUCAAGACACAGCUAGCUCUGAAACUGCUACAAUGCCUGAGAGUAACAGAUGCGCCUCAUUUUUAUGGACUACCUUCCCUCGAGAGAACAUUACAAGGAAUGGUUCAUAUCACAGCAGUCCCAGGAUGGAGUUCUCAUUCUACUGUAACUGAGCCAUUCUCUAUUUGUACAAAAUACUUGUCAGGCCUUCUUGAGUUACAUAAAGAAUGGGAUUGGAUUUCAAUGUGGUGGUCCCUGCCUUAUGAUGGUAACAGUGAGGAACAAAAUCUUACUCAACAGGGACUGGCUUGGUUGAUUCCAUUAUGGGUUGGGGAUCCAGAGGUGAGGUUCACAUCGCUGGCGAUAGGAGCAACUCUAACUUCUGAUAAAGCUGGAUGUAUUGCCUUAGCCAACAGUUGUCAAAACAUUUCUGGUGGACUUUGGGCCACGGUGAUGAACAUUCUUCUGGAUCAUUCAGAAUGUAGUAUGGUUCGCAGAGAGAUCACUGCAAACAGUGAUUGCACUCAGGAAAUUUACAAAGGACGCUUGCUGCUUGAAAGAAAAGCUAUGGCAAAUCUGGACAGCAUACUAAAAAAAGUUAUGCUUGCUGAAAAAGGCUGCAUUUAUCUUCAGAACCUAUUAGUAAUUCCGUUUGCUACAGAUGACAACCAUGAUUAUUCUUGGCAUGGCCCCUCUGUACAUGAUGUGGAGUGCCUGUCUCUGAUAGGUAAACCUGCCCUCCAAGCCCUUUUAUAUCACAGCAACUUUUAUGAACAUAUGAAUCGUAUGGUGAAACAUUGUUACCUGGGGCGAUAUAUGUUUGACUUGAAUUGUUAUGCAGCUGACAACAUCACGGCAAGAAAGAAUAUAAAUGAUUUUGAUGACUCAGUCCACUUGGGGAGGGGACAGCAAAGUCCAACUAACCAAAGUCCAAGUCCAAGUUCUCCUUCAACAGUUGAGACAGUGGUUCCAUUAGUGCCACCUUCAUUAGAAAGUUCUGAUGUUCAACCACAUUUGACACCAACAAACAUUAUUAUUCCUGAAUUGAAAGAUCGACUUAUGGCUCAAGGUCAGAGUGACAUCACUACAACAUCACCUUCAAGUCAUCAAGAUUCUCCCCUUUCAGCUCCUUUGUCAAAACUUUGUAUUGUAACGCCUCCUCUUCUUUCAGCAAUGUGCAGCCUUUUGGACAACUUACUGAUAGUUGUUCCAAAGAAUACUAUAACUGCAUUCCAUAAAACCAACAUCCUAAAGGCUUUCUGUGGUGCUUUAAAUGUUACUUUGUUGGAGAAAUGCAUUCAAGAGCUCAGCAUUCCCUUGUCUUACUCAACUCCUGCUGAACAUGCUAAAGCUCAGGUUUCAUUCCUACUGGAGUAUUUGUGUUCUCUGUCUAGACUUCUGAUGUCAUGUUUAUUGAUAGAUCCCAGUCCUGUGAACCAGGAUGAGCUACUAAAACCUCUGCUAGAAAAAAUCUUCACAGUUCUUACCAUGUGCACUAAAGACAACAUUGAUACUGAAUUACGAUGUUCCUUUUAUCAGUCAUGGACUGACAUAUUUAACCUCCUGGCUGCAUUACUGAGGAAAACUAGUCAGACAUCCCUUCCAUCUGUAACAGAAGCUCUGGCAAAGGAUUGGCCAGCUAUCAUUGAUACAGUUUGCAAAUGCGUGGGUUUUUCUACCACAUACCCUAACCUCUAUACAGCCUGCAUGCAAUUCCUUUCCAUUCUCCUGACUGAAGAAGGGAAGAGAUGUCUAUCAGAGAAACGAAAUCCAAGCCACAGUCCAACAAUGGCUUCACUUCUUGAUGCAGAUGAUGGAAAUAAGGAAUCUGUAGAACAACUUUUUAAAGUUAUUCUUGAGAGCUAUGAAAAACAAUCCUCCAAGGAUACACUGAAAAGGUUUGUCAUAAGUGCUUUGCUGUCACUUCUAGCUGUCAGUAAAAAAGCUCAGAAAUAUGCCUGGAAUGCUGGCCUCAUAGACAGCUGCAUAGAACAAAUGAAACACAUUCACGUGCAACUGAACUUAGAUUCCCUGAAGCCUAGGAAAAAGGGGCCCAAAAAAAAGGAAAAUGGUUUUAGGAAGGAACUAAACCUUGCCAUGCAGUUGCUAAGAAACUGCCUUUAUCAAAAUAAUGAAUAUAAAGCAACAGCACUUCAAGCACAUCUUGUUCCUCUCAUACAUUCUUUUUGGCCUUGGUUACUGCUGGAUGAUUCAUUGAUGAAGGUGACCCUGCAGCUGCUUUGUGUCUAUACUGCAAAUUAUCCAGCUGGUUGCAGUUCUCUUUGUGGGGCAAGUUGUGUACAGUAUCCUGGUCAGCCUACAUAUAGAGGAAUACCAAGUAACUCUUUGUUGCUUUGUAUCUUAAAAUGGGUUUCCCAUAUGACUUCCGAGAAUCCCACAAUUCAGCAGUUGGCUUUUACACUCCUUGCAAAUGUUGCCUUAUCUCAUGACUGUAAAGGAGUUAUUCAAAAGAGUAACUUCUUACAGAACUUUUUAUCUCUGACGUUGCCAAAAGGAGAAAAUAAACGUCUUCCUGAUCUUGCCAUUCUUUGGUUGAAGUUCCUUUUGAAUAUUUCCUCUGACGAAGAUGGGCAACAAAUGAUCCUGAAACUCAGUGGCUGUUCAGAUUUACUUGUUGAGAUGAGCAAAUAUAAACACAAAAGCAGUCCCCAUUUACCUCUUCUUAUUCUUCAUAAUAUUUGCUUUAGUCCUACAAACAAACCCAAGAUACUAGCUCAUGAUAAAGUUAUUUCAUUGCUAUCUACUUGUCUGGAAAGUGACAAUCGAAAUGUUCAGAGAAUUGGAGCAGCUGCACUUUGGGCUCUCAUGUACAAUAAUCACAAGGCAAAAGCAACUUUGAAGACUCCAUCAAUAAUAAGAAUGGAUAACGCUUAUGCUUCAGCAAAAAAAACUAUUUCAGACCCUGAUGCAAACUCAUUAAAUGUCUAUUAUUUAAGAUGUCUCGAGAACCUGGUACACCCUCCUUCUCUACACGUGAAUAACCUGCUCUCCUUCAUUUUGGUUCUGAUACUUACAUGGUUAGGAAAGCUUGGUUGAGGGAGAUAACUGCACUUUUCAGGUUCGUGUAUAUAUUUUAUCCAAAACAUAAUAAACCUUUUGGAAGGUACUAAUGCUUUUAUGCCAUACAGGAAUUAGAACUGAUGAUAGUCAAAACUCUACUACAAUAUGAUGGGACCACAAAUAGCGUCUGACAAGAUGAUAGAAAAUAAAAAACAUGGAAAAAAACUGGAAUAUUUUUUACUUUUUAUAUAAAAUUGCUAUAUGAAAAUCAUAUUUAUUACCUAUUUAUCAAAAUAAAAUAUU